UGGUUAGCUAUUGGGCAAGUGCUGCCUCAUGGGUAGCCGGUGCAUCUUGAAACGCGACAGUUCUCCAACCGGCUCGCGGGCAGUUCACUAGCAUGCACUUGCAUGUAUUAAAGAAGUAUGAUGUCACAUGUGCAGAUACACUUCGUGCCGCGCCGGGAAGUAAAUACUGGUAAACUUGGUGUCACAGCUGGAUCAGGAUAACGACAGAAUGGAGGAUAUUAAUCAAACGGAAGAAGCGAUCAGCGAAUUCGCAAAGACCGACAAGUAUUCCAUUCUAUUGCCAACUUAUAACGAGCGGGACAACUUACCAAUAAUCAUAUGGCUCAUCAUUAAGUACAUGGACAAGAGUAAAUACAAUUACGAAGUGAUCAUAAUUGAUGAUGGCUCUCCCGAUGGAACCCAGGAGCUAGCAAAGCAAUUGCAAAAAUUGUAUGGAGAGAAAAAGAUACAGUUGAGGCCCAGAGAAAAGAAACUUGGCCUUGGAACUGCAUACAUACAUGGAAUUAAAUAUGCUACCGGUAAUUUUGUUCUCAUAAUGGAUGCCGACUUGUCUCAUCACCCCAAAUUUAUUCCAAAGAUGAUCGAAUUACAACGUUACUUGGAUUUGGAUAUCGUCAGUGGAACGAGAUAUAUCGACGGAGGAGGUGUCUAUGGAUGGGAUUUUAAGAGAAAACUAAUAAGUCGAGGAGCAAAUUUUCUUACACAGCUGCUUCUUAGACCAGGUGUCAGUGAUUUAACGGGUAGUUUUAGACUUUAUAAGAAACCCAUUUUGGAAAAACUGAUUAUGUCGUGCAUUUCAAAAGGUUACGUUUUCCAAAUGGAAAUGAUAGCACGAGCGAGACAGUUCAACUAUACGGUCGGCGAAGUGCCGAUUACAUUCGUCGAUCGACUUUAUGGACAAUCUAAACUCGGGGGAUCGGAAAUCAUUCAAUUUAUAAAAGGCCUUUUAUAUUUAUUUGCGACUACAUAAGAUGUCGAGACGAAUGUUUGCAAAAGAUAUACAGCAAUCGUUUGCGAAUGAAAUUACGUUUAAACAUUUUAACAUGUCCGUUUAAUAAACGACAAUGCUGGAAAAUUGUCAAUCGAUUUUGCACA